AUGGCUCUUUCAGGAAGGAUUCCCCGUGAAUUUGGAAACCUCUCAUUUCUUGUUUCUCUCGACUUGCGAAGCAACAAUUUCCAUGGAAAUUUGCCUCAAGAAAUGGCACGCUUGCGUCGGCUUAAGUUUCUUAGGUUAAGUGUCAACAACUUCAGCGGAAAGGUUCCUUCUUGGUUUGGGUUUUUACACCAGCUUCAAUUUCUGAAUCUUGGGAAUAAUAGUUUCACUGGUUCCAUCCCUUCUUCAUUUUCUAAAAUUUCCAAACUUGAGACUUUGAAUCUGAAAUUCAAUUCCAUAGAGGGCCAAAUCCCAAAAGUGAUUGGAAGUCUUAUAAACCUUAGAGAAUUAACACAUGAGGGGUAA